GCCAGCCAGCCGCACGGCUCUCCGCGCAUCCCACUGACUGGUGAUUGCGUGCUCUGCCCACUGGUCGGUCCGCGCGCGAUCUCUAGGCCAGCAUCUUUCUCUCUGUCAGGAUGCUCUGUAGUCCACCGCCAUUAUAUUCCGUGUGUGGCUUCAUCUUCAUCAUCACAGAGACGUACGAGGCGGAGGAGAUUGGAAAUCGGAAGGGAAACAGGAGAGGGUACCUCGCCCACCACCACCAAUCUCCCUGGUCGAACAGGCGAGAGCAGUGUGGCUGCUGCACAUGCACUGUGCUGUGCUGUGCUGGUCAUCAAUCACCAAGUACUCCAGCAGCAGCGGCGGCGGCCGUAUUAUAGCCACCACCACCGACCGACCGAUCGGUCGCCCGGAGAUGCAGCCGGCCUGCUCCGCCGCGCUGCUCGCCGCCUUCCUCGUCGUGCUGGCUUGUUCAGCCGUGAGCUGCCGCGGUCAGCUGGCCGACAACUUCUACGCCGGCAAGUGCGGCAACUUCAGCGUGGAGGCCAUCAUCCACGACGCCGUCAAGGCGCGGCUCGCGUGGGACAAGAGGAUGGUCGCCGGCCUCCUCCACCUGCAGUUCCACGACUGCUUCGUCGCUGGGUGCGACGCGUCGAUCCUGCUGGACGGGCCCAACACGGAGAAGACGGCGGUGGAGAACAGUGGCAUCUUCGGCUACGACUUCAUCGACGACGUCAAGACGGCGCUCGAGAGGGCGUGCCCCGGCGUCGUCUCUUGCGCAGACAUCAUCAUCGCCGCAACAAGGGACGCCGUUGGCAUGUGCGGAGGGCCGAGCUACCAAGUGCAACUGGGCAGGAGGGACGGCAUGGUGUCGCAAGCGUCAAUGGCGAGCAUUCUUCCGGGCCCCGGCGUCGACAUCCCCACCGCUAUCAACCUAUUCGCGCGGAAGGGCCUCAACAGCUUCGAGAUGGUCAGCCUCAUGGGCGCGCACACGGUGGGGGUGACACACUGCUCCGUGAUCCACGACCGGCUGUUCAACUUCAACGGCACCGGCUUGCCGGACCCGGCCAUGGACCCGGUGUACGUGUGGAUCCUGUCGACGUUCGCGUGCCCCAAGGGCCAGGCCUUCGACAACAUCGUCUACCUGGACGACCCCUCCAGCAUCCUCCUCGUCGACAAGAGCUACUACUCGCAGAUCAUGAAGCGCCACGGCGUGCUGUCCGUGGACCAGGCCCUCGGCGACCACAGCGCCACCGCGUGGAUGGUGAGGUUCCUCGCCACCACCGACUUCUUCCCCUCCAUGUUCAGCUACGCGCUCAACAAGCUCGCCGCGCUCGACGUCCUCACCGGCACCGCCGGCGAGAUCCGGAGUAACUGCCGGAGGACCAACUGACGGAUAUAUGGAUCGAUGUGGCAAUUAAUUGAUACACAAAACUAGGUUAAUUAUUACUACCAGCUGCUGCGGUAAACAGAUCAGAAAGGGGGAAAAAGGAGAAGAGAGAGCUAGCAAUGGAUCGAUGCCUGAGGGAGCAUUGCUGCCAGUGAUAGCACAUGUGGUUUUACCAUAGUUCAUUUGAGUAAAGAUUCAAUUUACUGGAUUAGUAGAAGGAUGAAGGAUCAUUUUUUUUCGUGUCUGUACGCUGAUUCUUUUGUACGUCGCCGGUAUAAAAAUAAAAGUUCCAUGCAUGUACACCACUACUA